CAAAAAAAUCUACCCACCACUAAAUGACAACAACAAAAAUAAAAAACACCUUUUACAAUGAAUAGAAAAACUUUUCGUUAUCGUCUAACACAUCUUCGAUCACAACGACAAUUCUGGGUUGUUAAUGUGGAUAAAAUGGCAAUGAAAGAAGCAAACAUAGUAUUCAAUGAUCAUUAUGUAUUUAUAUCAAUGUCUAAUCACAGAAUUCGUAUCCCAUUAUUGAAGAUUGAAGAAAUACGUAUCGGACAAACAACAGAUAACUGGAUAACAUUUCGUAUGAAAUUAAAGGGUAAAACAAAUAAAACUGAACGUGAUGUACAAAUGAUCGAAUUAUUGGAUAUUGAAAAUUCACAAUCAUUUUCAUUGAUUAUCAAACGUGAUGAUCAUCCAUUACUAUGUUAUAGUUGGGAUUUCUAUACAAAAAAUAUUCAUUUAUUUCAACAACUUAUAAUGGAUGAAAUGCAGAAAAAGAUUGCCAAAUGUAAGCAAUUACAUAGUUUUGAAACUCAUCAUGAAAUGCUAAAAUUCUUAUAUCGACGAUAUCUAGUCAAAGAAGGCAAAAUCCUCAUGCACAUGAUUGACCAAAAAGUGGAUGAAGAAGAGACCGUUGCCACCAAUCAUCGGCGAUUACAGCGGCGAUUUCAGAAAUUUCUUUAUCGUUUAAAUCUAGAUAUCGAUAAACGUUAUUUUCAACUAAUUAUGCGAAUAAAUGGCCGAUUAAAGUCGAAAAAUCAAUCCGAACUACUCGAUCUUAUUAAUCAAUUUGAUCGGAGACCAUAUUUUAAUUUUUUAUUCAACAAAUACUCAAUUUCCGGUCGCGAUAUGAUAUCUCGUGAAGGAUUGAGCCUUUUCUUUAUUGAAGAGCAAAAUGAACGACUCACUGAAGAUGAAUUAAACGAAUUAAUGAGUGAAUUCAGUGAAGAAUUUCAGGGACAGCAAUUUAUUACGCGUAGUGCAUUCUAUUAUAUAAUGGAAACACCAAAAUGGUCUGAAUUAUUUGAUUAUGAUCAACGAGAAAUUUGUCAGGAUAUGACACGACCAAUGACCGAUUAUUUUAUUGCAUCAUCACAUAAUUCUUAUCUAAGUGGUAAUCAAUUAUCAUCGGAAAGUAGUUAUGAAAUGUAUCGAAAAAUUCUAUUAACCGGUUGUCGAUGCAUAGAAAUUGAUCUUUGGGAUGAUGUUGGUAAUGGUGGCCUGGGUACGACACGUCCCGUUAUCUAUCAUGGCUAUACAUUGACAACAAAAAUUGAAUUACAAGGUGUAUUGGAAACGAUUAAUAGUGUUGCAUUUGAAAAAUCUGAUUAUCCAUUGAUUAUAUCUAUAGAAAAUCGUUGUAAACAAACUGAAAAUCAUCGUUGCAUUGCCAAUUUAAUGCAUGCUAUUUUCAAAGAUCGUUUAUACAUUGAACCAAUUUCGGAUGAUUGUCUACGAUUUCCAUCACCAGAACAGAUGCGUGGAAAAAUUUUUAUAAAAUGUUCAAAAAAUCAAUCAUUAAAUAAACAUUUUUUAUCAGAAACUGAUUUUGAUAGACGAUUACCAUUAGGAAUUAUGGAUAUCUAUUUGGUAUCGGGUGAUCGUCGACGUGAUCAUCUGGAACAAAUACAACAGCAAAAAUAUUCAAAACGUGAACGUCAUGAACCAGUUGUUAUCAUUAAAAAUGAUGUUGAAGAAGAUGAUGAAAGUUAUCUGGAUAAACGAUAUGGAUUUCCUAUCAUCCGGAUACGGCCACCGAAUCUUAUGAAUCAAAGAAUCAUUUCUAAUUAUGAUGAUUUCAAUGUUCAAGAUGAAUACGAUGAGGGUGAUAAUAUUAUAGCGGCAAAAAGCUCUGGCCAUCAUUGGGAUGAAUCAUUUUCAUCAUUAAUUAAUUAUUUUGAAACAAGAAAAUUUCAUUCCAUGAGUGAAUGUCUCAGUGAUUUCAAAUUUCAUCAUAUGAUAUCACGUGAUGAACGCCAAUCAUUAGAAUUAAUAGAAUUAAAAGUGGAUGAAUAUCGUGAAUUUACAAAAAAUCAUAUGGUACGUGUUUAUCCAAGUGGUUGGAGACAAAAUUCCAGUAAUUAUUGGCCAUUGGAUCAUUGGAAUUCUGGUGCACAGCUAGUCGCAUUAAAUUAUCAACGUUCUACAUUACCAAUGUUUCUAAAUAAUGCAUUAUUUGCAUUAAAUGGUCAAUGUGGUUAUGUGCUGAAACCAACUCAUCUUCGUUAUGAUUCCAAUGAUGAUGAUGAAUCAUUAAUGAAACAACAACCAUUGAUAAAAUUACGUGUAAAAGUUUUAUGUGGUCAAUUUUGGAACACUUUUGACAAUAUGUUUGCAUGUCAAAAAGUACAUCUGAAAAUUAUUAUUCGUGUUUAUUGUGGCCACCGAAAAUAUCGUCAAGUAACCGAAAAAAAUCAUAAUGGUUUCAAUCCUGUAUGGAAUGAAACAUUUGAUUUCCCGAUCGAUCAACCUGAACUUACAUUCGUACAUUUUACAUUGACAAAUCAUGAUAAUUUUUUUGCUCAUUAUCUCAUAUCAUUCAAUGCUAUUCGUAAAGGUUAUCGUUUUGUACCACUUUAUGAUAAACAUUAUCGUUUGAUUAGUUUUACAAAAUUAUUUUUACAUAUCGAUUAUUAAAAGUUCAUAUCAUACACAAAGCUUUUUACAUAGUUCAAAA